ACUACGAAGUAGUUAAGUACUAUUGCGGGUACAUGAGUGUUGGCACCUUAUAUGGCAGAGUCAGUAGAUAAUUAUUGUUGUCCACCUUGGAACUUUUCGUGGAUCGUUCAGAAUGAAUUAGCUGGAAUGGCAUGGCCUCAGACCGCUGCGAAUAUUCGUUUCUUGAUUAAUGAGGGAAUAAAACACAUUGUAACACUAUCUCCCGAGAAGAAACCUCCUGUUCACGCAUUUCCAGACAUCGCGUGGACAGAAAUUCCCAUAAAAGAAUUUCGAUCGCCAUCGAUCACCCAGAUUAAAAAGUUUAUAAAAAUUUGCGAAUUAGCCUUAAAAAAGAGUGAGGUCAUAGGUGUCCACUGCCGAAUGGGACGAGGAAGAACAGGUGUAAUGGCAGCAUGUUAUCUUGUGAGGUUUCAUGAUUUAUCACCAGAGAGAGCAAUAACAAACGUUAGACUCAUGCGACCUGGGUCUGUAGAAACAUAUGAACAAGAAAAAGCUGUAAUUGCAUACACUGAUUAUCUUCGCAGCAGUAAUGAGCUAGCAAAUCAGUAAGCCCCCAGUUAAAGGUAUUCUUUGUAAGUUUCUGCAAAUUGCCACUCAUUGUAUUAUUUAUGCUUGAUAUCAUUUGCUUUAUUUCUAAUUUGUCAUAUAAUAUUUCUGCUGGAAGAGCUUCAUAUUAAGCACACGUAUUGCAGUGUCCAAAUUAUGAGUGAGUAUAAAGCAUAUUCUUGCAAAUUAUCUGUGAUGCUCUGUACAAAGCCAAUGCAUUUUACAGUCUGCAAACUUCUACUUAGUGUUUGACGACUCCAUAGUUCUGAAUUAGUACACGUGGAACAACUUCAAGCUAGUAUUUUGUGUGUCUGACCACUGCCAACCUCCAGGGUACCGCACAGUAUCAGCAGUUGCCCAACCAUUACCAUGUUGAGCUGUAUCUUUCUGCUCUCAUGUAAAAUUCAGAACACAUCUGCAAAACAUGAAGGGCCUAAGGUGUACAACACGUUAUAUGCAGUACCGUGACAUUGGCAUUGUUGAAUGAUACUCUAUACUGUCUUCAGCUCAUUUUUUGCUAAGAUAGGUGAUGAAGCAGUUUCCUGUCCAUUAUGGUUGCGGGUAUGACAGAGUUCACUGUCUGCAGGGAGAAUAGAUGCUUAGUAUGAGGCACUACACAUAACUAUAGCAGCUUCAUUUUAUGGAAGAUGAGGGGCAUGCAGUUACAGUAACUUUACAGGGAGGUGUGGUUCAGCACAUAUUGGAUUAAAUAUUUUUUCCUGUGAAACAAGAUAUUUUACUUUUUUGUAAUUACCACUAUUGGCUGUAGUACGUCGGGCAAGUUGUAAAUUUUUAUCGCAAUUCCUUGUAAUAAACAAAAAUUG